CCAUGUACCCCUUCAAGUCAUACCCAUAAAUUACACGUAAACACACACAAAAAUUCACACACACUAUGAGACACCAAGAUGGAACUUUGUACUUUCAUGAAGCUACCGGAAAUAUAACUCAAGUUGGCCGGAAAAUUGUCCGGUUGGAUGUCCGGUGGAGUCUUUUACUCCAAAAGGUUUCAGUUUUUAGACAACUUUUAAAGUUCAUGUGGGAUAGAUGUCUUGCUUGUUCUAUAGGGAAACCACUCCGGUACCGGAGAUUGUCUCGCCGGCAAUCUUUUCCGGUGGAAGAACCGGAAUCCGGUGAUGACGUGGAUAACAUUGCCACCAGUUGCAAUAGCUAUGAUAAAGAUAUAGAUACAGAUUCAGAUUUAGUUACUCUCAAGAUAAGUUUAUUGAGUGAUUGUCAAAUUGGAAAAACAAGUUUCAUGAUUAAAUACAUUGGAGAUGAACAAGAGAAUGAAAGCUUGGAGAUGGCUGGUUUAAAUUUAAUGGACAAAACGUUGUCGUUUGGUGGAGCAAGGAUUGCUUUUAGUAUUUGGGACGUUGGAGGCGACCGAAGGUCAAACGAUCAAGUUCCUAUAGCGUGCAAAGACGCGGUGGCGAUUCUGUUUAUGUUCGAUCUAACGAGCCGAUGCACCCUACACAAUGUGCUAGGAUGGUACAUGCAAGCAAGAAAAUGGAAUAAGAAUGCAAUUCCUAUAUUGAUAGGAACCAAGUUUGAUGAUUUUGUAAGGCUACCACCAGAUCUACAAUGGACUGUUGCAUCUCAAGCACGGGCAUAUGCAAAGGCAAUGAAAGCGACGCUAUUUUUCUCAAGCGCGACACACAAUAUUAACGUGAACAAGAUCUUCAAAUUCAUCACGGCUAGACUUUUCAACUUACCGUGGUCUCUUCAACCUAACCUAAACAUAGGGGAACCCGUUAUAGACCUUUACUAGCAAACUCGGUGUCUUUUACUUGUAAAUGGUCCAAACACUUGAACCAGGUGGAGCUAGAAUAGGCAACCACGGUUCAACCCAACAUAGAUCUACUUGGUUUGA